UUUUAAAUCAAUAUUAACUUUACACUACGCUCUUUCGGUCAUCAAAAUUUGCACAACGAAAUUUAGUAACACUCACAACUCCUUCGCAAGCGCGGCCGCUACUCUGACAUUGCUACACUUGAACGGGGCGUGAACACCAACAAACAUUAACGCUAAAGUAAUCAGUCUUGUGACCGGAAAAAUAUACAAAAUGUCCCCCCUGCUCGUUUUCAUCAUUUGCGCCACAUUGCCGUUAACUUGGACAUUCUCUACACAGUAUUAUGGCAACACCAAAUAUGCCGCGCUGCCAAACCACUGUUACUACGAGGAAUUGAAACUAGCGGUGCCGGUCAAUGACACCCUGUAUCCAACAGAUAAAGAAUUUCAAUGCAUAACGGUAUUUUGCCGCUAUGAUUAUGUGCUGGUGAUAAAGCACUGUGACCGUUAUCUGCUGCGAAAUGGCUGCAUUGAGCAGCCACCCGAUUAUAGUAAGCCUUAUCCCGAUUGCUGCACCCAAAUUAAAUGUGCCGAUUAAAACCUGAUGAUUAUUUUAACUUCGCAUGCAUUUGUAAAGUGUAUCUAUUAAUUUAAAAUUAUGAAUUUAGCAAAUAAACAAAUCUUAAUCGCAUAUACAAACAUGUCACUGACGUAAGAAAAAAUACCCGGGCACUUGUUUGGUAAUUAUCAGAAAGUACAUAAAAGCUAUAAAAUCGCUUAUAGCAGCAGCUCGAGCAUCCAAAA